CGAAAAUGAAUAUUCUAUGAUUUGAAAAUGAUACCUAAAAAAUGUGUAUUCAAGCAAAUGUACAAAAAACAUCUUACAAAUAAAAUCUGAAGGAUGAAAACUCUUGUUUUGUUGCAUUCCAUAGCCAUAUUUCCAUUAUUUGGGUUUUCCGGUGAAAAAACGACGACCGCGUGUCCGAAAGAAUCUCAUGGGAGGACUCUGGACGUGUGGCGGCGGGAGUGCCCGGCAUUAUCCUCUGUCUCGUCCCAAAUCCCCUUCAAUUCCUCGCAAAAUCUUCUUACCUCCCUGCUCCUCCCUUGAAUGCCACCUCUUAGGAGCGUCUUAUUCCCGGCUCCGGUUUCGGAUUCCGGCUUCCGGCCCAGAAUUUGGGUGCAGCGACGGUGAAACCCCCAGAAAGCCUCAUGUGAUCCCUGAUGCCGGAGAGGAAAACCCUAAUCGGCGGCGAGGUUUUGCUGCUAUGGUGGAGAGUGUGAUCCCGCAAGGGGAUACUGCUAUAAUUUCUGCCUGCAUCGUCGGGCUUUUCACAGGUAUCUCUGUUGUACUCUUCAAUACUGCUGUACAUGAUAUACGCGACUUCUGUUGGGGAGACAUUCCACAUUUGGGUGGCUCCUGGCUACGCGAGGAGUCCAAAGAGUUGAUUCGGGGACGUGUAAUCUUAGUCCCGGCUUGUGGGGGUAUGGUAGUGAGCUUGCUGAGUUUUCUGCUAACCAGACUGGAUGUACCCUUUGAAGGAGACAAUGGGUCACCCUUCAAAUAUGUUGUGAAAUCACUCUUGAAGACAAUGGCUGCUUGUGCCACACUAGGAACGGGCAAUUCAUUGGGACCCGAAGGUCCAAGUGUUGAAAUUGGGAAUUCUGUUGCGAAGGGAAUUGGGUUUUUCUUUGAUAGAAGUGCCCAAAGAAAGGUGUCACUCAAGGCUGCUGGGUCUGCAGCUGGAAUCUCCUCUGGUUUCAAUGCUGCGGUCGCGGGUUGUUUUUUUGCAGUGGAGUCAGUGUUGUGGCCAUCACCUGAGAAUUCAUCGUUAUCAUUGACAAACACGACCUCAAUGGUUAUUCUCAGCGCUGUGGUAGCCUCUGUGGUUUCAGAAAUUGGCCUGGGAUCUGAACCAGCGUUUGCAAUCCCAAGUUACGAUUUUCGUUCUCUGGCUGAGUUACCACUUUAUCUUUUGCUUGGUAUUCUUUGUGGGUUGGUUUCUGUGGCAUUGUCUAGGUGUACAUCUCUUAUGUUGCUUGCAGUCUGCAAUAUCCAACAGGCCAUUGGCACACCAAAACUAGCUCUCCCUAUAUUGGGUGGGUUAUCCGUUGGGCUUAUAGCAUUGGCAUAUCCGGAAGUUCUAUACUGGGGGUUUGAGAAUGUUGACAUUUUGUUAGAGUCUCGCCCAUUGGUCAAAGGGCUUUCCGUCGAUUUGUUGUUACAGCUGGUGGUGGUCAAAAUCGUAGCAACAUCAAUAUGCCGGGCCACUGGAUUGGUGGGAGGCUACUAUGCCCCUUCCCUGUUUAUUGGUGCGGCUGCUGGCAUGGCAUAUGGCAAAACUGUUGGCUUCAUCAUCACUCAAGCCAGUCCAAUAUCUCAUAUCUCCUUGGAUGUUGCUUCACCACAAGCAUAUGCUCUGGUUGGCAUGGCUGCCACUCUUGCUGGAGUCUGCCAGGUGCCUCUUACUGCAGUUCUGCUACUCUUUGAACUGACACAAGAUUACCGGAUAGUUCUUCCUCUUUUAGGAGCUGUGGGUAUGUCUUCUUGGAUCACAUCCGACCGGAUUAAGGGAAUGACAAUGGAGGAUGUGAAGAAAACAAAAGAUGGAAGACCCUAUACAGCCCAAUCACCAGAAACAUCUGUCCCGGCGACUAUUCACCCCUUUACUGGCACUGAUUCUGUAGCACAUUCACAGGCCAGUGACCUAAAUGAAUGCGCCAACGACAGACAUGAGUGGGCAAAGAAGACACUUGUUUCACAGGCAAUGAGAACAGACUACAUCACUGUUUCAAUGAACACUUUGCUUGCAGAGGUUGUGUCUCUCAUGUUAGCCGAGAAGCAAUCAUGCGCCCUAAUAGUUGAUGAAAACAAUCUUCUUAUCGGUCUGCUUCCACUUGGUGAUAUCGCGAUAUACAUGAAGAAAUCAAGAACAAAGAGAGGUAAGGACCUUGCAGUAUCCCAUCUUUGUUCUUCCACUGAGAAUGAGCACCGGGUGCUGUGGACUGUAACGCCAAACACAAGUCUGUUUUCUGCACAAACCCUGAUGGACAGUCACGGCAUGAAUCUGCUACCCGUGGUUUCGGAGCACGGUGGUCAUCCGGUUGGCUUCUUAGACAGAGAAUGCAUUGAUAUUACUUGCAGAGGCUUGGAAAUCAGGGAUUUCUUUUGCCGGUCCGUCACACCAGAAAUGCCAAUGCACUAAGAACUUUGAAUAUUUGGGGAUGUAUUUUGUUUAGUUCCCAUCAUGUUAUAUGACAGUUGACCUGGGAGAUGUAAAUAUCACAAUAUUGGCCAUUUCUAGUUUCUCCCCAAUAUAUAUAUGUGUAUAUAUCUCCCCUAAUUUUUGCUCUUCCACUCAAUAUUUUUAUCACUUUAAAUAAUUUGGGUUUGAUUGA